UUUUGUUGGUCUCGCAACUUAUUUUUCAACAUUUUUCUUUUUACAUAACGGCAUUUUCUCAUCUCCAUUUCUCCCCUUCCUUCGUCCCCCUCCCCUCUCCCAGCCAUAUUUAUACAACACGCUCGAAAAAUUUGUUUUUUUGGCUUAUAUUUGCAUGAAUGAAUGAAACUUGAUGAGCCCUUCACCCUGAAAAUCCCAAUAAAUCAUAUCCCAGAAGAAAGCCAUCGUUGUCUUUAUUUUCCCCCUGAUUUCAUUUUCCCGACAAAAAAAGAAAAAAAGGAAAAAAAAAUCCCUUCUCGCAUUCCCUUGUCUUGCCCACUACUUUUUUUGUUUGGUUGCCUCUUCCCUUUCCUCCGAUUCCCCGACAUAAAAAGAUGAGGUGGGAAAGGGUCCAGCCACUCUCCAGACAGGGCCAAGAUGGAGCUCUGGGAGAGAUAUCCGGGCCCGGUAAGAGGUGGGGUCACACUUGCAACGCCAUUAAAGAAGGAAGGUAUCUCUAUGUCUUUGGGGGAUAUGGGAAAGACAACUGCCAGACUAAUCAAGUGCACGUAUUUGACUCGGCAAAACAAAGAUGGAGUCAGCCUGUGAUGAAAGGAAGUCCACCCACUCCAAGGGACAGUCACACCUGUACCACAGUUGGUGACAAUCUUUUUGUUUUUGGGGGUACUGAUGGGAUGAACCCUCUUAAGGAUUUACAUGUUCUAGACACCUCUGUGGAUACAUGGAUUUGUCCAAGUAUAAGAGGUGAGGGGCCGGAGGCACGAGAGGGUCAUAGCGCGGCCCUUGUUGGCAAACGACUCUUCAUUUUUGGUGGUUGUGGCAAAUCUACCAGCAACAAUGAUGAAGUGUACUAUAAUGAUCUCUACAUAUUGAAUACAGAGACAUUUGUAUGGAAACAAGCUACAACAUCUGGGACUCCGCCGUCUCCACGCGAUAGCCAUACUUGCUCAUCCUGGAAGAAUAAGGUUAUAGUUAUCGGUGGCGAAGAUGCGCACGACUAUUAUUUGUCAGAUGUCCACAUCCUCGACACAGAUACUCUAGUGUGGACAGAGCUGAACACUUCAGGACAAGUAUUAACGCCCCGUGCUGGUCAUACAACCAUAGCAUUUGGAAAGAGCUUGUUCGUUUUUGGUGGAUUUACAGAUGCCCAAAAUCUAUACAAUGACCUCUAUAUGCUCGAUAUUGAAACUGGUGUAUGGACCAAGAUCACAACUAUGGGUGAUGGGCCUUCUGCUAGAUUUUCAGUGGCUGGGGACUGUUUAGAUCCCUACAAAGUUGGCGUACUCGCUCUUUUAGGCGGUUGCAACAAGAGUCUUGAGGCUCUCGACGAUAUGUUUUACUUGUUCACAGGACUUGCUAGGGAAAAUGAGAGGAAACUAGAGAAGUUGUCUUUGAGAAAGCAAUUGAAAUUGAAGUGUCAAGAACAGAAUCUAAAUGCAAUUCAUGGAAGAGCCAUGGUACAAAUUGGAGUUAGUGCUGAUGUGUACCAACCAAUCACUGUGCAAGGCUAUGAGAUUCCAUACAAACAAAGUUUUCCAUUGAACCAAUCUCAGCAUCUUCAAGGAAAGAAAACAUUUCAAGCUAAGGUUACAGAAAGCAUACCAAAUGGAUACACAAUCGAAACUGUCAUUGAUGGGAAACCUCUGCGCGGAAUAUUGUUUUCCAACAAACCAAUCCCUACUCACUUUGCUCAUCCUAGUACUAUUAGGAAGAGGACUUUUGGAGAUAUUGGCACAGUAUCGAAUGGUGAUAUCAACAUCAAGUCAAAGACUUCUCGAUCAACCAAGCAAGAUGAAGUAGAUAAUAGAGAACAGGAUGGGAGUAAUAUAAAGGCGUCUGCUACACAUGAACCGGAGAUGGUUGUCUCUCCUACCAUGCCCGUGAAAGAUCCAGCAUCUUCUGAUGCUUCUCUACCAUCCAAGGUGAGUUCGAGUCCAGAAUUGCCUCCUUCGAGUCUAAAGGAUAUUCCAAUGCAUGUUGCAAUGGAUAUCGACAUUGAAGUUUCGGGAGAUACGAAGACAAAUGAAGCACUGGAUUCCAAGACAGACGUUCAGCAAGAAAGUAUACCAGCAGCGGCAGCUCCAGACAAGGAAACUAUUGCCUUCUUUCCCGACCAAGAUGACAGAAGGCCUGCUGCUAUUGGGGAGGCAAUCGAAGUUUUGAAGUAACCAUCAAAACGACAAACGGGCAACGGAAUGCAAUUGUGAAGAUAAUCCAUAGUGCACUAAACCUCUAGCCAUUUGUACAUUCAUAGGAGAGCACAGAUGCACACUAGGAAACUGCUGUGACCUACCAUCUUCUAAGUUCUAACACAUCUAAAUCUGAUCAUGUCGAAUCCUUUCGAUGAUUUUGAUUCUUUUCCUCGUGCUAAUUCGGGUUGUACGUAGUAGUUAUAUCAUUAGAGUUCGGCGAAAAGUUUUCUAGUUUGUCCAUUUGAACGAUCCAUCCAUCAUCCAUUCGCUCUUUUGCAGAUUCUUGUAGACUGCCAUUCUUGCUUCAAGGAGGAAUGGACCGUCGUUCAGCAGCAAACGUUUUCUUCUUCUUCUAGCUUUGUGUUUCAUUAGCUGCUGAAGCCCUGUUCACUUCUAGUUUUCUAGUUGCCACCUCUUGUGUACUGGGAAAAAAAUUAGGCAUUACAUUAGGAGUUGGAAAUGUUUAUGUUCUUAUGAGAUUCUUCUUAAAGGAAAUUGCAGCACUGUAGUUUUUCCCCAUGGAAAUUACAACUUUUGUGAUAGUUUUGUUCAGUUUCUGAACCAAGCCCUAGGGAAGAAGUAUGGGUGUGCAUGGUUUGACCGAACCGUACUAUUCGAUCUGCUGUAUGUGCAAACUGAAUGGGUUUUCUUUUUGUACAAACACGCUUGAAAAUCGAAUUGGUUUGGUUUGGUUCGGUUUU